AAUGUUGGGUUACGUAAGCCCGUUAACUGUUUGAUAAACUGUUCCUUCGACUUGAAUGCAACGUUAUGGCUCAAAGUGCAAACGACCGCCGGCGGAUAAAUGGACCAGAAGAAAGCUUUCCGCCCGUAUUCGAUGAUGACGAUGAGGAUAUCAACUUAAAAACGCAACGCGGUCGGGCACCUGGUGAUAUCAGGCCAAUAUUCCUCCAGCCAGGUCUAAUAAGUCAGGCAAAUGGAUCUGCAUAUAUCGAGACAGAGAGAACUAAAAUUGCAUGUGCUGUGUAUGGACCACGGCAGUCUAAAACUACCACCUACAGCGAAAAGGGUCGGCUGAACGUUGAAGUCAAAUUCACUCCUUUCUCGUGUACGCGUCGAAGGGCCCCAAUGCGCGACGCCGAGGAUAGAUCCAUUGGUGUAUCAAUACAUCAAGCAAUCGUAUCAUCAAUACGCCUGGAGCUAUUCCCAAAGUCGACCAUUGAUGUUUUCAUCACGAUCAUCGAGAACGAUGGAAUUGAAGGUUGUAUCGCAUCUGGAUCAUUAGCUGCAAGUACUGCACUUGCUGAUGCCGGAAUUGAAAUGCUGGGGCUCGUUGCAUCAUGCUCUGCUGCCAUCGUCGGAGAUGUCAUUCAACUUGAUCCAAGCGAGGCCGAAGCACGGGCAUCCAGUGGUACUGUUAUACUUGCUUGUAUGCCGGCUUUGGAUAGUAUCACCAGCAUCUGGCAGUCAGGACAGAUGACUGCUGACAUGUCUUUGAAGUGCAUGGAGCAAUGUCACGAGCGGUGUAUUGAUAUCCAUUCGAUAGUUGCGCAGUCUCUACUUGAACACAGGAAACCCAAUUGACAUCGCUUUCGGUCUCCGAGGUGCAUUGUGACUUUUCGCACAUCAGCGUCAGCCGUUGCACAUGGUCUUGGAACUUGUUUGUCAGAUCGACGUCGGAUUUUCAGUUUCUGACUACAUAGAGCGGUUUUAAUUUUACAAGAACAGUUCCGAGCCCGUUCGUUUGUCCCAUGUAGUAACUAACAAGCACAGCAGUGUGAACUAUAGUACUAUACCCACCUAGUGGUCUUAUUUCUACGUGGGGUCUUUGAUGCGCAGUGAUAUGCAUGUAUUUACAUAAAAUUGUUACUUUGUGGACAAUUCCU